GAUCUUAGAGGAGCUCCUCCAGUAUCUUUGGGCUUGGCCAUCGCUGGCUCCUUUAGAAUCUUUGGCUGUGACUGUGAGACGAGACGAGACGCGGCGAUGGGAACGCGUUUGCUGCGGCCGCUGAGCGAGGCGCAGCUGAAGCGGUUGGAGGACCACCGGUACCGCGCGGCCGGCCGCUCGCUGUUCGAGCCGGCGCUGCAGCUCUACUGGUGCUGGCUGCUGAACCUGGUGCCCGCCUGGCUGGCGCCCAACGCCAUCACCCUGCUUGGCCUCGCCACCAACCUGCUCAGCACCCUGCUGCUCGUCUACCACUGCCCCGGCGGCACCGAGCAGGCACCGGGGUAUGUGUAUGUGCUGUGCGGUCUCGGAUUAUUUAUCUACCAGACGCUGGAUGCCCUUGAUGGGAAGCAGGCUCGAAGGACCAACACUUGCUCUCCACUUGGGGAACUGUUUGACCAUGGUUGUGAUUCUUUUUCUACAGGUAUGUGGACUGAAGGAACAUGUUCUGUUUGAUGCACAAUGACCAAG